GUAAGGAGGAGGAGGCUGCAUGUGUCAGUAUGUGUGCGUCGGUCAAGUACAACAUCCGGGGUCCUGCCCUUAUCCCAAGGAUGAAGACCAAGCACCGAAUCUACUACAUCACCCUCUUCUCCAUUGUCCUCCUGGGCCUCAUUGCUACAGGCAUGUUUCAGUUCUGGCCUCACUCCAUCGAGUCCUCGAAUGACUGGAGCGUGGAGAAGCGCAGUGUCCGAGAUGUGCCCGUGGUCAGGCUGCCAGCCGAGAGCCCCAUCCCAGAGCGUGGGGAUCUCAGCUGCAGAAUGCAUACGUGUUUUGAUGUCUAUCGCUGUGGCUUCAACCCAAAGAACAAAAUCAAGGUGUAUAUCUACUCCCUGAAAAAGUAUGUGGACGACUCCGGUGUCCCGGUCAGCAGUACCAUCUCCCGGGAGUACAAUGAGCUGCUCACGGCCAUCUCAGAUAGUGACUACUACACUGACGACAUCAAUCGUGCUUGCCUAUUUGUCCCCUCCAUUGAUGUGCUGAACCAGAACUCUCUUCGCAUCAAAGAAACAGCCCAGGCACUGGCCCAGCUCUCCAGGUGGGAUCGAGGUACCAACCACCUGUUGUUCAACAUGUUGCCUGGAGGACCCCCAGAUUAUAACACGGCCCUGGAUGUUCCUCGAGAUAGGGCACUGUUGGCUGGAGGUGGCUUUUCUACAUGGACGUAUCGGCAAGGCUAUGAUGUCAGCAUCCCAGUCUACAGUCCAUUGUCAGCUGAGGUGGCUCUUCCAGAGAAAGGACCAGGUCCCCGGCGAUACUUUCUCCUGUCCUCUCAGAUGGCACUCCAUCCUGAAUACAGAGAGGAGCUAGAAGCCCUCCAGAACAAACAUAGAGAGUCAGUGUUGGUUCUCAACAAAUGCACGAAUCUCUCAGAGGGCGUCCUUUCUGUCCGCAAGCGCUGCCACAGCCACCAGGUCUUCGAUUACCCCCAGGUGUUGCAGGAAGCUACUUUCUGUGUGGUCCUUCGUGGAGCCCGGCUGGGCCAGGCGGUACUGAGCGAUGUGUUACAAGCUGGUUGUGUCCCAGUUGUCAUUGCAGACUCGUAUAUCCUGCCCUUCUCAGAAGUUCUUGACUGGAAGAGAGCUUCGGUGAUUGUCCCAGAAGAAAAGCUGUCAGAUGUGUACAGUAUUUUGCAGAGCAUCCCGCAAAGACAGAUUGAGGAGAUGCAGAGACAGGCACGCUGGUUCUGGGAAGCGUACUUCCAGUCAAUUAAAGCCAUCGCCCUGGCCACUCUGCAGAUUAUCAAUGACCGUAUCUAUCCAUAUGCGGCCAUCUCUUAUGAAGAAUGGAAUGACCCUCCCUCUGUGAAGUGGGCCAGUGUGAACAACCCCCUCUUCCUUCCGCUGAUCCCACCACAGUCUCAAGGCUUCACCGCCAUUGUCCUCACCUACGACCGUGUGGAGAGCCUCUUCCGGGUCAUCACUGAAGUGUCAAAGGUACCCAGUCUCUCCAAGUUGCUGGUGGUCUGGAAUAAUCAGAACAAAAACCCUCCAGAAGAAUCUCUUUGGCCCAAAAUCAGGGUUCCAUUAAAGGUUGUGAGGACAGCUGAAAACAAGCUGAGCAACCGCUUCUUCCCAUAUGAUGAAAUUGAGACAGAGGCUGUCCUGGCCAUUGAUGAUGACAUCAUUAUGCUGACCUCAGAUGAGCUGCAGUUCGGUUAUGAGGUCUGGAGGGAAUUUCCUGACCGACUGGUGGGCUACCCAGGUCGUCUGCAUCUAUGGGACCAUGAGAUGAAUAAGUGGAAGUAUGAGUCUGAAUGGACCAACGAGGUGUCCAUGGUGCUCACAGGGGCAGCCUUCUAUCACAAGUAUUUUAAUUACCUAUAUACUUACAAAAUGCCCGGGGAUAUCAAGAACUGGGUAGAUGCUCAUAUGAACUGUGAGGACAUCGCCAUGAAUUUCCUAGUGGCUAAUGUCACAGGCAAAGCUGUCAUCAAGGUGACUCCACGGAAGAAAUUCAAGUGUCCUGAAUGCACAGCCAUUGAUGGGCUUUCCCUAGACCAGACACACAUGGUGGAGAGGUCUGAGUGUAUCAACAAAUUUGCUUCUGUCUUUGGAACGAUGCCCCUCAAGGUGGUGGAGCACAGAGCUGACCCUGUGCUGUACAAGGAUGACUUUCCUGAGAAACUGAAGAGCUUCCCCAACAUUGGCAGCUUGUGAAGUAUGUCAUGGCUGGGGGCCUGGGUGAUGGCUGGACAGAGGAAGAGAACUGGACCUCCACCACCCCCGCUAAUGAAGAAGGAGGGUUGGACAGUAGAAGGUAGCCGGUCUCUACCUCGGUGGCAGGCAUGUGUCCACCUAGCUGCAUUCCCAGGAACAGAAGCCCAGAAAGCUACAUGAGCACCGUGAGCCAGCAGCCCACACUGCAUCCUCAGUGGGCACUCUGAAGAUGCCCAGAGAAGGAUGCCUUGAACCCAAGGCAGUGUCUUUCGCUUGCAGUCCAUUGACUGAGUUUCUCCUGGGGAGGAGAAGCCCGUCAGCCUGCCCAGAUCCUAGGAAUUGUGGCCAUAGUGCUUCCAGUCACUUCACUUCACAGUGUCUUUGGAGGAUCAGCCAAGCCUGGCAUCUUCAUAGGUUUGACCCUGGCCUGGGGCCUAGCGAGUGGGCACAUGCAAAGGAAGAACCCCGGCCGGCUGCUGAGCAGAGCCUGCCUCUCCCUCAGUCACUCCUCUUGGCUUUUAUUUUAAAAUGAUUAAAAUUAUUUUUUACUCAUUUUCCUA